CUGUAAUCAACAAUCUCAGAUAACAACCUUGUCCAUUCAUCUUUUCCAAAUUGUUUGAUUAUCUUUCUAAGGUAAAUUCUUAAAAGUAGCGGAGCUGGGUCAAGAAGUACGCUCUUUUUAUAUUUGGGUUCAAGCUGCCAAAUCGUCUACAGUUUUGCAGGGAGAGCAGAAGGAGGCUGCUGCAUUAGCUCUGGUGCGAGACAGUGGCAACGGGUAUUGCGAAGAAAGUACAGACUUCCAAGUGAUCUAGCCAAUGUAGGCCUGUUCUCGGUGGGUUGACAUAUUUCCUUCGUUUUUUCCUCUCUUUCACUUCUUUUUCUUAACAUGGAGGAAGAACUGAGAACUGCAUCUCCCAGCAUUUCGCAAGGAUCACACUCCCUGGGAACUGUAGUACCGGGUCUGAGAAGGGUCCGGAAGGAGGGCGAGAGUCUGUGGGCAUACUGGGAAAUGUAGUCCAGCGGGAGGUGGUGGUGGGGCUCCGUGUGGGGAGGUGUGCGCGCGCGUAAAGAAGGCGGAGACGCCGCUAAAAGCGUCCCUUGGGGGAUGGGGCCGCUGUGGUGCCUAACUUGCCUCCUUUGUGGUCUUUGAGUCUACAAAAGCCACCCGCGGAUGGUUGGCUUUAUUCCACUGUCCGAGACCAAGGAGGGACUAGUCCCUCCGCAUCGGGCGCGCGCCGGGAGGCGCCGGCUGCGCGCGGACCGGAGUGGGGCAUGCCGGGAGUUGUGGUCCCGGCGGGCUGAGGCUGUGGGACGUGUCGCGGCGCUGCGCUGGCUCCUCCUUCCCAGCCCUUCUCAGCGGUCCCCCGCCCCUUCCCUCAGCCUCCUCCUCCCUAGCCCGCAGCCCAGCGUCCCCUCCCCCCACCCGUCGGGCUCCUCGGCGGCUACUGCAGAGGAUUCAGAGCCGAGUCGCUGAGAAGGAGGAGGCUCCCAGUCCCUGCGCGCCAUCCGCCACCUUACUGGACACGGGCGAGGGAGCGAGAGCGUCGCCUCUGUAGCCUUCAGAGAAGACAAGGGCAUCGCCGCUUCAGCUGCCGCCGCCGCCGUUUUCGCCUGCAGCAGCUCGCCGCUGAAGACUAAUUUCCUAAUUGUGAAGAUGAAAAUAAGAGUUGUUAUUCACCACCAGAGCAAAAUGUCAUGACCAGACAGGGCAUCCUUUGGUGACAGGCUUGAUCAUCCUCCCCAUUAGAAGAUUGUAGUUUCAGUGAAACAUUUUGAGAUGACUGCUGAAGAAAACUAGGUCAAAUCAGGAUUCUCAGUUGUCCACAAUGAACCCUGUUUAUAGCCCCGUGCAGCCUGGGGCUCCUUAUGGCAACCCUAAGAACAUGGCCUACACAGGUUACCCUACAGCCUAUCCAGCUGCAGCCCCUGCCUACAAUCCCAGCCUGUACCCCACCAAUAGCCCCAGUUAUGCUCCAGAGUUUCAGUUCCUGCAUUCAGCUUAUGCAACUCUGCUGAUGAAACAGGCCUGGCCACAGAACUCGUCUUCCUGUGGCACUGAAGGCACCUUCCACCUCCCAGUGGACACCGGGACCGAGAACCGAACUUACCAAGCAUCCUCUGCGGCUUUCAGAUAUACUGCGGGGACACCAUACAAGGUCCCACCGACCCAGAGUAAUACUGCUCCGCCCCCCUACUCCCCAUCACCCAACCCCUAUCAGACGGCCAUGUAUCCCAUCAGAAGUGCCUACCCCCAGCAGAAUCUGUAUGCCCAGGGAGCCUACUACACACAGCCGGUGUAUGCUGCCCAGCCCCAUGUCAUCCACCACACCACGGUCGUCCAGCCCAACAGCAUUCCCUCUGCCAUCUACCCGGCGCCUGUCGCUGCUCCCAGGACCAAUGGUGUGGCCAUGGGCAUGGUGGCCGGCACCACCAUGGCGAUGUCAGCAGGUACCCUGCUGACUGCACCCCAGCACACCGCGAUUGGGGCACACCCUGUCUCCAUGCCAGCAUACAGGGCCCAAGGGACCCCUGCGUACAGCUAUGUGCCCCCGCACUGGUAAAGCCUGCAUCCCAUCCAAAUCUGGAGUCACACAUUGUAUGCAACUACUCAAGUCUUACACAGGUGCUGGAGCAGCUCCCUAGCAGCACCACCUCUAUUUGCAAGAAGAGACAACGGAAGUGCAAGGGUCACUUUAUGCAUCUUUAACGGUUUUGGUUUUUAUUUUCGGUUUUUGUAAAAGCUGCUUUUUCUAAUCUCCUGCCUCUCCCCACUGUCCCCCUUUUAGCCACUGCCCUUCCAGCUCUAGCCCUCCUCCUACCUGACCAGGCACAUCCUCUCUGCUCUUCUUUUCUUCCCCAAGAAUCCAGUCCCGGGAGCCUAGUCUAGCAGCAGUCAGAGAGUGGGGUCUGUUGCAGUGGUUCAGCUGAAGGCGCAAUUUCCUUUGAAGAGCAUGAGAGAUGUGAUCCUCAGGUCCAGGGUAGGAACUCAGAGCUGUUGAGCAGGCCACAUCUCUGGGGGAUUGUUUCUUUUUUGAUUUUCCUCAAGCAGGAUUAGUUUAAGACAUUACCAUGUCCUGACACAAAUGAAAUCUCUUCUGAGAACCAUCGCAACAGACCAAGAACAAAACCACCUGAUUAGGUAGGAGUGUUCAUAGCAGCUUAAUAAUACCCCAGAUCAGAACCUGGGAAAACCAGAUUCUUUCUUUGGGAGAACUUGGGGGAGGGUGGGGGGAGGGAGGGCACUAUGGAAAGGAAGAGGGAAGAGGGUCGAGAGGCGCUUGCCUGCUGGCUUUGGUUGGUAAGGUCUCUGGCCAAAUUGUCUGGGCCUGGACCCUGUAACUUGCACAGUGAUGUUAACUGACUUGGCACUUCCUCAGAAGGUGAUUUUGACCUCAGACCUACCAAGCAGCUGCAGGGUGGUGGGAUCCCAGCCUCCCAAAGCCUUGGAAGGCCAGGUGCCCUGUGUAAUCCAGACCUUGGCCCCUGGGCCCUCAUGGAUCCACUCUGAUGAGGAGCUUGCUCCUGAUCAGAGUGGAAACCUAUGGCAUUUCUCUCCCUUCCCUUUGCCCUUCCCACUUCCAGGGCUCACCUGUCUGUCCAUGGCGCUGGCAGACAGGCCAAGUUCUUGGUUACCUUGUGCCAUUCAUGGCCACAGUGAAGGAACCACAUUCCAGACGGGUGCUGGCAGCUCUGAAGGUCAGGAUAGUGAAGGAAAAGCAAUAGCAAUAAACACUUCAUAGACUCAUGGAACUGAAGGGACCUUAGCAACCAUCUCAUCCAUUCCCCUGUUUGACAGAUGAGGAAGCUGAGGCCCAGAGAAGCGGAAAGGACUUCCCUAGACCUUGCAGUAAAUCAGCAUUAAAUGCAGCCUUCCUGCCUGGGGCAUGUUGCCCAUGAAAAUUUACCUAGGGAUGGAUUGGCUUGGUUUUGUAAAAAUGAAGUCAGCAGUGCCCACACCUGGUGAACUCGGGAACAGUCUCUGGGCUUUUGUUUCUGCUCUUUCCCUCCAUGGAUUCCAAAGGCGGGGAUUGAAGACUGGGCAGAGGUGACAUGGGGGCAGAUGGCAGGAACAGAAAUUGCAAAUGAAGAAAUAGCAUUUGGAAAUUCUGUGAAGACAUCUGGAACUCUCAUCCUAUACCUGACUCCAGCCCUAGGGAUGGCUGAAAAGGAGUCCAUGCUUUUAAGACAGUAGCCCCUCAUCCUGAGAGGAGAGGAGGAGGAGACAUGGGCUCUCCUGGGAGAAGAGGGACGCACUGGUCUCAGCCAGGAGCCCGGUAGUCUAGCACUGUCCCCCUGCUCCCAGCACUUGGCUGGGCCAGCAGCCCCUUUGGGGAUGCGGGGAGAGGAACAUUUUACUGUACAGAAUGGAAUCAUUGAUAACAUUUAUAACUUUUAAAUAACUCUCUUCAUUUUAAAUUCAUGCAUACUUGGACAUAAUCCCUACCCCUACCUGCCGUGUCUCCCUAAAGGAGGAGAAAAUCAGGAAGCCCUUGGGCCAGAAGGACCUCAGAGGCUAUCUGGCUGUUCCCAGGAGGGCAAAGCCCAGCAGCAUCCUCAACCCAGAGCCAGGAGUUGAGGGCCCACCUUCUUGGCUUUCCAGGGAAAUGCAGCACUGGUAAGGAGAAGCCCAGCUGUCCGAAAUUAAAUGGUCUGUUCUGGGGUGCUGAAGAGGUUUCAUUUUAAAACAAUAGGAAGUUUUCCAGUGUUAAUCCAUUUUUUGCAAAUACCUCCUCCUACUGUCUGGUUUUCUAAGGGUGGGUGAAGGUUGUUUUAGAUUAUGUCAUACAUGUUUAGAAAAUGCCAAAAUAAUAAUAAUGAUUAUAAUAAUAAUAGGAAUCCUUUGCAUUUGUCAGGUGCCUCAUAGACUUCAGAGCACUUCACAGCCUUUAAUUUACUGGCCCUGAGAGCAAGGGUCAGAGUUAUUACACCCAUUUGACAAAUGAGAAAACUGGUUCUAAAAGGAAAGGGAACUUGCCCAAAGUGAGCAGAAUGCUGGUAUCCUGACAAGCUUCCCUGAACCCUGCUGCCUCCAGAUGGGCUAGGGUAGGACCACAGAGAGAAGGAAAAAGGGAGGAGAUCUAGGAAUGACCUUUUUACUUUUGUUCAUUCUAUACCAGUAAGUAAAAACUAACAUCUAGUACCUCACAGUUCACAAAGCAGUUUCAUAUCCAUCAUCUGGUUUAACCCUGUGAAAUAGAUUAUUUUCUCAUUUGAUCCAUGAGGAAACGGAGACUUGGAAAAGCAAAGUGACUUGCUCAUAAGUGGCAGAGCCAUUUGAAUCCCAGCCUGCUGCCUCUGUCCCUGCAGUCUGAAUCCACACACGGCUCAUGGACAGAAACAUCAAUGCUCAGUACCCUCUCUUAGCCCUAGUAUGUAAUUCAAGAUCAAAGACAGGCCCCAAGGCAAAAACAAGGUGUGAAAAUGCUGUGGUCUGGAAGAGCCCAGGCCCAGUGCCCCUUUUUCAGCCUGAGCCACUGGAGUCCCAGUUCAGCUGGCCUCACCCUUUUGCUUUGACAGAGAUCCACAAGCCUGGCCAAGCUUGGGGAGUCAUUGCAGAGGGACUGAGCCCAGGAGAACAGGGGCAGUAGUGUGCCUGUGGUAGGAUGAGAGCACACCUGGUAGGAUCACAGGCGUCUGUUGGGAGGUACCAUGGGUGUUAUCCAAAGAUACUGGAUGGCCCAGUGGUCAAGCUGGACAGAGGUCAGAGCUGGAAGGGCCCUGCCAUUGUAGGAAGGCCAGCAAGCCAGAAAGGACAAGGGGUGUGCCUACAUACAUAGCAAGCUACAGCAUGGCACCAGCAAAGCCCUCUCUCCACCCCACUCCACUGCCUCUCCCUAGUACCACAGGCUUGGUGGCCAGGGUCAGGGGUACAGGUGGUUCCAGUCACCAGCCAACCCUCUUGGCUUCUGCCACUUCUACCUGGCUCCUCCUCAUUAGGCUGGGGUCUAGGAAGCUGGAGUCUGGAGUGCCCCCAAGUGGUUAAGAGCCUGGAAUUUAUUUUUCUGCCACGUUUUGGAAAAAUGUAUUUAAUUUCUUCCCCAUGAGACAGGGCAGUUGCUGCUGUUCCUCUUUCUCUCCUGGCAGUGACCCAAAAGUACGUAUCCCAUUCCUAUAUCUUGAAAAAGGACACUCGCACCUGUCCAGAGUUUUCUGUCUGUGUACAAAGUACUUCAACAUUGAUUGCCAAAAAUCCCCAUUUUGUAGAUGGAAAAACUAAGUCUCAGAAGGCUUAAGAGACUUGCCAAAGGUCACACAGCUCAUAAGAGAAAGAGCCAAGAUUUGAACUGUUUAAAUCCUCUGCUUUCUGCUGGCACCUGCUGGGUCUGGGUGGCAGGCAUGCAGAAGGGAUGGGCUACCUAUCUGCCCCCAAACAGAGGAAGACCCCACGGAAACCUGGGGAGCUCAAUCCUGCCAACUGAGCAGAUUUUUAUGAGGAGCCCUGGGAACCCAGAGGCAUAUCCAGAUGGUAGCACCCAGAGGAUGAGAAUUUGCAAGAAAAGGCUUAACUUGAGCAAAACAUUUUGGGGUCAUGAGGUUUAGGACUGAAGACAUGUUCAAGGGCAGCCCCAGGCACCUGUCCGUUGAAAGACCCAUGUCCCUGGGAAGCCUGCGUACCCUUACUUUCUGACCCUGGAGAGCCUGCCCACUGUCCAGACCUGGCGAGUUGGCACUUCCAGGGGACCUGGUGUAGCCCUGAAUGGCCAAAAGCACAUCUGACUCAAGUCUCUGGGCCUGUUUUUCCCCUGGGUGAGGACCAGGAUCUAGAGAGACACUGUGCAGUCCUUUCUCCUUAUCCCAACUCUGACCGUUGGGCACCCAAAGUGUUCCAAGUUUGAGGUAUCCCACUCCCAGAGAUCUGGGAGUGCUUCUUCGGAGAGGCUGGCUUUGUUCUGAGUAGGCUUCAGAAAUGAAUCACAUGGAGCAUAAAAGUAGUGCAGAUCCUCUGAUCACCAAAUUCUGGUGUCCUCACUGUACAGACAGGACUCUGGCUGAGUCAGGCCUGGAGCCCUGCAUAUCAGAUCCUCAGCUCUGCUCUGUGGCCAGAGAGAGAGGGCCUAGAUGGCAUGGGUCUUGGAGCGCUCUUGGCCCCAGCACUGUGGUUGAAGCAGUCAUUUAGAUGUCACCAUGGCAUUUUCUCCUCAAUUGCUGUUGAGUGAAAGUAUGUGGAAGCUCUGCUUUUCCAUGCUGUAUUCCACAUCACUAUAGGAUAUGUGGUCCCCAGCUGCUUGCCAAGCUUGGGAAUCCGGAGGGGGCAGGUUGGGCAGCGGAGGGGGCAGGUGAGGAGGCUCCAUACUCGUGUCCAGCCCCAGGGGAAUCCAGGCCAGACCUACCUCCAAAAGCAGGAUCACAGCAGAGGAGACCCAGCCAGGCUAACAUCUAAUUCCACACCUGAGCCUCUGAGAGCUCAGCCUACUAUGGGUGUGCCAGGCUGGUGGCAGGAUUUGUCCUUUACCUGUCCAUGUUCCCUUCUCCUAGACAACUUGUUUCUGAAAUUAGGCAUUACGUGGUUCUAGGGCCCGGCCUUUAAAAUUCCUGACAGGCCAGUUUCAACAUUCCAUAACCAACCUUGCCUGAGCCAGACUUGGGUCUCACUCCCUCACUUUCUCCAAUGGGUAUUUUCUAUCUUGCAUGCUGUUGAGUCCAGCCCAGUGGCUAGGUGAUUGGGGUUGGUUGUCACAGAGCCAGACAGGGAAACUAGAACUCUUGCUUCCCUGUGGCUGCAUGCGUAGUCCCUGGGUAUUCUUGCUGUGGCAGUGAGGCCCUGUACCCAGUCCAGCUCCUGGUAGAGGGGGUAUUUUCCUUUCUGAGGAGAACAGAUAUAACAGCCUUGCUGAUAAGUACCAGCCCAUAGGACUCAAAUGGGUGAAGUCAUCUUUGGGCCUGACCCCAGCAAGACCAGCAUCUCCAGGCUCCAGCCUUCCUCCUCAUGCCUGAGAGUCAGGGAAAGAGUGGGACUGCCCAAAGACCACCUUCUUGGGUCAGCCAGAUUAUCUGGAUCUGUGGUGGGACUCCAGCUCUUCCUUACCCAAGGGGAUGUAAGGCCAGGCCUCUAGCAAUGUGGAGUUGUCUGUAGUGACCUUUAAAGGCCCAAGGGCCUGUUCCCAUCUCCUGACUAAAAGGUAUCUUCAUCCCUGUUCAUGUCACACGACAGAGAAAACUUGUUCUCGUGACAUGUACCAUCCCUGUGAGAGAGCGUUGUAUAUGAUUUUGUAUUUUUUAAUUCAUUUUAACCUACAGGUUGGAAUCUAAUUUUUAAAUUUUAUUGGAACUCACAUUUUAAAAAGAAAAACAUUUAAAAUAAUAAUAAUAAACCUUUGACCAGUGUCUUCCAAGUAGUUUGAUCAAAGAACUUAUAGGUGUUUUCAAAACACAGCCUGGAGUGUAAAGAUUGGAAAGCCCCAUGGCCUCGCUUGUGUGUAUGAAGUGUAAAUCUGGUUUUGUUUUGUUGUUUUGGAUUCUUUUGGGUUUUUGUUUCGUUUUGUUUUGAAGAUCAGAUAGUGAUCACUCUGAAAGAUUGAAGCCAAGAAUUUGUAACUAUGAUAUUUACUGUAAGCUGUAGAACAUUCAAUAACUAUUAAAAAAAUUUCCAAAAAAAGUC